UUUCCUUAAGGCUGACGUGGUUUUCAAGUCUUGGCUCCCUGGGUAGAUUCGUCAUUGAGAAAGUCCCUUCCCAUCAAAGGAGAAGUCGCCUCCUUCGCUGCGUCAGGAAACAUUUCUUUCCAACAAUCUCGUCAGGACAUGCUUGAAUUUUGAAGCAAUGCAGACUCUCCGAUUCGGUUCUGUGCAUUCUUUACACUGCUUAUUCAUAUUAGUAUCAGCUAUUAUUACACAGGCACCUAGGAUUGCCUCAGUUGCUGUACCGAGUUCCAGCUGCUAUGUUCUUGAUAAUUCUAGUCGCCUUGUAGACUUUAGCAGCUGGAUUGGGCACGAAUUUGAGUAUGAAGGAAAGGGAAAUACUGACUUAGCUGUUCGAUUUUGCAAAGACGUUGAGAAAAGAUCACAAACGGGAUAUGUGAAUUUUGGCCGAUUUGAUAAGUUCAACUACUUUGCUUCUGGUUCAGGACAUGUUGAUUUUGUUCAACGGUUUUACAAUGGUGACCUGGCCAAUUGUGAGCGUAGUUAUGACAAACUGGGACGAACAGCUCAGGUGAAUAUCAUAUGUGGAAAUUGUUUAAAUAGACGAUGCAAAGGUGAACUUGGAUGCAUAUGCAAUAUCACAUAUGACUCAGACUGCAGAGUUUUUGUUGAACUUGCUGUUCUGUGCGAGAAACGUGGUCCGCGAGUAUUCAAGGGCUUCACUGUUGGAUUUCAUCCACGUUCAUGGGAAAUUGUUUACAAUGGCUUGACUCAACCAGGUUAUGAAAAAUCUUACCAGGACUUUAGCUUCAGCACUGAACAAGCUCAUGUUACCCUUUAUAUGACUGCAAUUGCUUCCCUUUCUACUUUGGUGCGAAAACCCUUUGUUAAGGUUCUUCCUGAGAAAGGUCUUGGGGUUAGUUUGUCCGGCUCGGGUGCAAUCGGGAAUUCUCCUUCAACUUUGUCACCAACAAUGUUGAUUGUGAAUUGGAGAUGUCUGGAGGUCCGUGAUACACCUUAUGAAGUUAAUGUCACAAUCCCAAUAGAGGGUUAUGAACCUAUUCAGUUUUUUCUUACAAAAAAGUGUGAACGCAGGGAGAAUCAAGAGGAAGACUCUAGACGAGGAUGGGCUAUCUUCGGGGUCAUAUCUUGCGUAUUCUUUGUCUCAUCAACACUGUUUUGUUGUGCGGGGUUUAUCUACAAGACACGUGUGGAACGCCUGCGUGGGAUUGAUGCAUUGCCAGGCAUGACAACAUUAUCUGCAUGUUUGGAAAUUGCAAGUGGGGAUGGGCACGGAUAUACACAAGCAGCAGAUGUCAACAGUGGCUACUCACGAGUGGAAGCCUCUUGGGAACGACCGUCUGCCUCAGCUCAAGGAACAUGGAGAACGAGUGACAGGAAAUAUGGUUCAAUUUAAGCUUUGUAUCUUGACUCAUUCGAGUUUUCGGAAAAUUUGCAAUUUAUGAGUUUUGAACUGAAGAUAUAGGAUGCAAAGUUGAUUUUUCCCACAGAACAUACUUGUAAGAGACUCUGAUUGAAUCAAAUUGAAGCUAUAGGGUAUUGUUGUA